CCCUAGAUAAAAGGUUCCAGUUUUUUUCUCUUUUUGGAACAACAUGUAGUUCUCCUCAUUUUCUUUCUUUAUUUUGCAUAACUUGAUAUGGGUUUGUUCCUUCGUGGGCUGUUUCUUCUUUCUUUGAUCUAUUUUAGCACAGGAGCUGAAGUUGUCACCGUUGAUGUCAAGGCAACAAAGGGUUUGCUUGAGUCAGGCUAUACUUAUCUAGAUGUUAGGACAGUGGAAGAGUACAAUAAAGGACACGUGGAUGGAGAGAAGAUAUUCAAUAUUCCUUACUUGUUCAAUACACCAGAGGGGAGGGUUAAAAAUCCCAACUUUCUGAAGGAGGUCUCAGGUGUGUGCAAGGAGGAAGAUAAACUUCUUGUGGGCUGUCAAAGUGGAGUCAGAUCCCUGUAUGCAACUGCUGAUCUUCUUAGUGCUGGUUUCAAAGAUGUAAGCAACGUGGGAGGAGGCUAUCUUGCUUGGACGGAGAAUGUUUUUCCGGUGAAGAUAGAGAAGAAAGAGAGAGAUGAACUCUGAUCUGUAAAUCCAGUCAUUUAAAUGGUUGUGUGACCAGAUGGCUCAGCAUUAUUGUGGAUGCAAUAUUAAUGUUAAUGUCGAUAAUUAUAAUAAUAGCUGUUCAGUUUUUUUUAA